GCCAGUAUCUUAGCUUUCUCAGUCGGACGGUCAUAUAACUCAGAAGGCUCACCAGAACGCAUGGCAAUGGAUGAACGUCGAGAUAUAAUAGCAACGGUUUAGAUUGCUUGCUUUCCACCCGGACCAUAGAGAGCAAGAACUAGAGAGAGAGAGGAAGGGAGAGAGAGAUGGCAUCGGGGUGGGGAAUAACGGGGAACAAAGGGCGGUGCUACGACUUCUGGGUGGACUUCAGCGAGUGCAUGUCCGGCUGCCGCGAGCCCAGGGACUGUACCCUCCUCCGCGAGGACCACCUCGAGUGCCUCCACCACUCCAAAGAGUUCCAAAGAAGAAACAGAAUUUAUGAAGAGGAACAACAUCAAAUAAGAGGAGUUGCAAAAAAGGCCAAGGAGGAAGCUGAAGAGGGUGGUGCCAACACUCACCAUUAGCAGUCAUCACUAGUAUCUACUACCAACCUGAGGACCAACAGUUGAGCGGAUGCUUGUGUUUCACAUUGACCAUUUUUAAUUCAGUGUUCAUGUCAUAUGCUUCGCUGAUGCAAAGGCCGAGGUGGUAAUCAUUAUAACCUGAACAAGGUUAUCAUUUUGUUUAAAAUUUGAUCUGAUUUUCAGUGAGGAUUAUGAAAAAUAUUUCAUUUGAUUGCUCGUUUUCUUUUGGUCAUCAUAUUUGACAUGUUGAACAUGAGAAUGAUAAUGGUUGCAUGCUUUGGCAGCUUUCUA